AUGAAUUCUUUACUUUUACGACAAACUCCUGGGCUUUAUAAGUAAGUUUACUGUUUUUUCUUAGUGUUCUUUUGGUGUUUAGGUAUGAAAUUUGGAGAUUUAAUCGUAAAUUUUGGCUAUAUUGUUUUAGAUGGUUAUAGAUUGAAGAAAGUUCAGUUUUAUUAAAAUUAAGUUUCAGAAAUGUCGCAAAACUUCACACGGGCAAAAACAUGUUAAAAGGAGCACAAAGUCAACUGAAAGAGUGUGAUUCUAUCCAAGCAUCGUAUCUUCUGAACGAUCGUUGUAUAUUAGUAGAUGAGCAAGAUAAUGUGAUUGGUCACGCAUCAAAGGGCGACUGUCAUCACGCUGAUUCAGCCGGGUUACACAGGGCAUUUAGUGUGUUUUUGUUUACACCUGAUAAGAAGUUGAUUUUGCAAAAGCGAUCAGCAUCAAAGGUCACUUUUCCUUCAGUUUGGACCAAUAGCUGUUGUAGUCAUCCUUUAUAUGUGGAAGAUGAGAUGGAUCAUUCCAAUAAUGCUGUUGGUGUGCGACGAGCUGCUCAAAGAAAGUUGGAACACGAAUUGGGAAUUCAGGAGUUGGAUAUGGAGAGGAUGAAUGUUAUGGGCAGGUAAGGAAUAUUAUACUUGAAUCAAAAUUUAUGAGCUUUUUAUUUUAGUUGUUUUAGGGCUUUAAACUAAAAAAACUGGUUUUAGAUUCUUGUACAAAGCUUCAUCAGAUUCAGAAUGGCUUGAACAUGAACUGGACUACGCAUUGGUUGUCACAAAUUUCAAUCCCGCUGAUAUUCAUCCAAAUCCUGAAGAAGUGGCUGAUGUGAUGUCUGUAGAUCCUCAUAAGUUACGGGACAUGAUUCAAAGUAUGUUUUUUGUAUUUUUAUAUUGUUUAACUGUUUAGGAAGAGUUAUUUGACUCACUUUUGCUGUUUUACAUGCAUUUUUCGUCAAGUUAUAAGCUGUUUUGGCAUGGGUAAAAUCAGAAUUUGAUGGUUAUUUUACUGCUUCUGACAUAAAUCAGAAGUUUUUUUAUUAUAGUUUUAGAAAUGAUAAUUAAAAUGUAGUAUAGAGUAUUCUACGCCUAAUCAUAUCAAUCUUCACUUUCAGCAAAGCGAUUUUCUCCUUGGUUCGCCCUGUUCAAUCAGUUCAACUGGCUCAGUUCAUGGUGGAAUAAUCUCGACGAUCUCUCGAAACUAAGCGACAUGAAAACGAUUCAUCGCCUUAAUUGA